AUGGCUCGCAUCGCUGUCGAAUUCGCAGAUCCUCCUUCAGAUCCUGAGAUCGUCCCCAGUCCUCCACGCUUAAAUGUAGAAUUACCCUCCACAUGCUGCUUCACUGAAGACAGCGACGGGACCAUUACGAAAAACUUCUUCGCAACUCCAACAGAACUCGCAGCUCACUUGAGCCACCCCAUACCGUUUCAAAAGACGAAAAAAUUGUAUGUUUUGGAAGGUUUGCCAAUUGAAUAUGUGCAAGUCUUUGGUUUACAUUUCAAUGUAGAUGCGGACAUUUUUGAUUCACAUGCGAUGAGAAGGAGUGGACAAUUGAGUAAGCUCAAAUUUCCAGCGAGACCAGGGAAGGAGAGGAAUGUUCGAGCUUUCGCGUUAGACUACCCUGAGAUUACCGGGAACAUUAUUCCACCACCACCCGGAGAGGACAAGGAAGGAGUGGUUGACGGCGAUUUUAUGAUGCCUUGUAAGACAAUAGAAUUGCCUGGAGUCGAAUAUGGGAAUGGAAUAAGCGUGAGAUUAUGUCACAUGACUUUGGUGUCUUUUCCCACAGAGGACGGAGGUGAAACCUUACUAUUACUUCUCGAGAAUCCAUUGUGGGCGAAACGAGAGGCUCAAUUUCAGACAGCGAGUUACAAUAGCUAUGUCGCACAUGCUCUUGGAAGUCUUCCAGAAGAAAAGCAACAAUGGAAACCGUCCCGAAAACAUGACCCGACUUUGACUUUUAAGGAUCAUAUCUUGGAUGCCAUAGAAUCACCGGGUGGCAUAUUAUUUUGGGAUGAUCUCACAGAGGUUAUUACUGAUAUCAUACUCAGACAAUGGAGAUUCGUCUUGGGAGAGAUCAUCAUGGGCGCAUGUGUUUCCAGACUCGUGUAUUACCAAGAGAUUCAUCAAAUAUGCGAUUUGAUCGAGUCCAAUAUAUGGACUUUGGAUCAUGCGGAGGCUAUCUGGAAUCCUCGAUUUGACAAUAGGAUGGAAGGAUUUAAAGGGCUUUUGAAAAAGACAAAACGCUAUAGGGAACAAGUUGUUUGGGGACAGUUAGUGGAGGAGGGACUUGAGACGAAGACUACAAUUAAGGAUAACAAUGACGAGGACAACUAUACCUCAACAGUUUCUUCGAAGUCGGGGGUGCAUAUUCGAGGAGGAGAGGUAGUAGAUUUGGAAACCCGACAAAGCAUCAACAGAGUUACCUACCUUGGUGGUGUUCUACUUCCUUUCUCCAUAGUCGCAGCAAUAUUUUCGAUGGGCGACAAUUAUCAGCCUGGCGGAGAUCGAUUCUUUAUCUUUUGGGUCAUUGCUAUUCCAGUCUGCUUGUUUACGACCGCGCUGAUAUAUGCGGAUAGCAUUCGACGAAUGACGCUGGAGCAAUUCGCUCAACAAUACGGAGCUACUGCCGUAAAUGGAGAGAUUGAUGAUAUGGGUGCCUCGUCGAUUGCCGACAGUGAGAUCAUUUCAUACAAAGCCGGUAUUGGAAAGCGUCUUGCUUCACAUAUCCCAGGCCCUUGGAAUCGACGCACAAGCCACGCAGUCUCAUCUUCGAGCAGCAGCUAUGGUGAUGGUGAUAGCGACGACGAUUCAAGCUUUACGGGUAGUGCUGGAUUACCUCCAGGUUUGUCUAUAGACGGCGAUUUAUUAGUCCGCAAGAAAACGAAGACUGCGCCAUGGAGUUGGCGAUUUUGGAGGAAAACUGCGGGUCAAAAUUCAGACCCGGAGAAUAUUCCAUCAUCUCCUACGCAUUCAAUUCACGAUGUACCACCAGCUACGCCACCUCCGCCGCCGCGUGCGUCCAAUCCUAUCACACCCCCACCCCCACACACCCCAUCCAAGCCAAGACCCGUAGAAGGUUACCCACCAGAAUCUCCUCCAAUCGCUGGUCCAGCUCCGCCAACAACCCCUUUAACAAGGUCCUCAUCACCCAUUACUGCUCCAACUAUUCCCGAUCCAACUUCUGACUUUGUCGGUCCACAGGACUCGCGUCCAGCUACACCGUCAAUACAUCCAUCUAUACCAGACCCUGCUGAGAUACCGCUACCUCAUUCACAUGAUUCUACCUCUGAUGAUUGGCGCGAACGAGACAGUUCUGAAAUGAUACGUCAUGAACGUUCUACAUCACCAGAUCCUGCAAACUCAGAUUAUGCCACAGACCGCGAGCGCCAUUCUUUGGAAAGACGCAUGCGUGAAAACAACGACGAAUGGGAGUCAACAAGAAAACCAAGAAGGGUCGGUACCGGAGAUGACUAUGACAAACAAAUUAUCGAGCGAAAGAUCAUCUAUGACCGCCGUCGCCCCUCAGAGCAUCAAAUGGGCUCCGAGGAGAGAAAGCGACUUGCACUGGAAAGAACGAGCAGAAGUUCUAGUGAAGAACGAGAAAGAAAACGAGUCACAGAAGGUACCUUGGGGGAUGACGAUAUCAUUUCAGAAGAUCGAGGAAGAAAACGCACGCGAUCUGCACAGCGUGGCAGCCAUGGAACAUAUUAUAGCUAUCCAAGAAGAUCAUCCCACGAUGCGGAUCCCACUGAGAUACCACUUCCACCAUCACCAAAAGAACUAACAGAGGAGGAACGCACUAGAGUGAAGCUAGAGAAAGAAAAACUCAAACAGCUUGAAAAGGCGAAAGAAGAAGAUCGGCAUAAGAAUAUGGCGGACGCAGCGGAGAAGGAAGCGUAUGCCAAGAAGCGAGCAGAAGAAGAAUACACAAAAAGAAAACUAGAAGAACAAGCCGCGGCACGUAGAGCCGCGAAGGGUAAAGAUCGAGCCUACUCACCUGUGAUAUCCGAUAGCAAGGGAAUAAAACCAGCGAUAAAGUUCAAGGAUGCCGUGGGGCGAAAAUUCACCUUUCCGUUUCAUUUGGUGUCAACAUGGGCUGGAAUGGAAGAUCUGGUGAAACAAGCCUUCCUUCACGUGGACGUCCUCGCCUUCCAUGUAAAAGAAGGCCACUACGAUCUUAUUGGCCCCGGAGGCGAAAUCAUUCUUCCUCAAGUUUGGGAUUCAGUUAUUGAGCCCGGCUGGCUGAUCACUAUGCAUAUGUGGCCGAUUCCUCCACCAGGACGUCCCAGUGGGACUCGACCGCCUCCACCGCCACCUGGAUGGAGAGCAGGGACUGAAGGACCACCUCCCCCUUCCCCGCCACCUGGCUUUAUGGAAGUCAGACCUGGUGGGCCGACAGGUAGACCUAAUCCGAAAGCGAUGAAGUCGGCACCUGCAAGACACGGAACUCCUGACUGGAUGACCGGACCACCCACCUCGAAAUCCCGCAAGAAGCAAAAGUCAGGGCCAACUCGACUUGGACCUCCUCCACUAAGUUCAUUUCCCGGAGAUCCAGUGCCGACUGAUGAUGUUGGCGUAAUACAAGAUCUGCCAAGUAGGAUUCACAGAAGACAGCCAGGUAUGAGCGAAAGGCAUAGACAUGGAACAAGUGGUGGUGUAACCAUUGGAGGAGCGGCAAAACCAAAUCAAGAGUUGGGGUGGGUGAGGGCGCUGGGAACAAUUGUUGGUGUGAAACCAGUCAUACAGGUGAAGAAACGGAAUGGGGGAAGUAGUUCAAGUUCGAGUGUGAUGGAUGAUUGA